AGAUUUAUAAGGAAAAUACAGGUGGACGGAGCCCUCAGUUGCUUAGCCUUGGUUCAAAGACUAACGUUUCAUCUUUAUUUGUGCGGUUUAUCAAGAGUUUAUUGAUUAUUAAGAAUUCAAGUAUGUACGUAAAAUCGAUAUUUUUAUUAAUAACGAUUAUGACGUUUGUGGCAUUAAAACCGGUGAAAAGUAUGAGUGCCGAUCAGGUAGAAAAAAUAGCUAAGAACAUGCGAAAAUCGUGCUUGCAAAAAAUCACCACAACGGAAGAGUUAAUCGACGGGAUGAGAAGGGGUGAAUUUCCCGAUGAUCACGAUCUUCAAUGUUACACGACGUGCAUCAUGAAGUUAUUACGAACCUUUAAAAAUGGAAACAUCGACUUUGAUAUGAUCGUAAAGCAAUUGGAAAUCACGAUGCCACCGGAAGAGGUAGUGAUAGGAAAAGAAAUCGUAGCGGUAUGCCGUAACGAAGAAUAUACCGGCGAUGAUUGCCAGAAAACGUAUCAAUACGUGCAAUGCCACUACAAACAGAAUCCAGAAAAGUUUUUCUUCCCGUGAAUAAUGGCACGACCAAGGAAAAGAAAUCGAUCAUUCCGGAAAUAUUAGCGAAUCACAUCGAAUAUUUC